AUGGCGAAAUCUCUAGACAAGGUUCACAAAAAGGUUCACAAGAAGAAGGGCGGCAGAAUGGACAGUCUUCAUGUGAACAGCCGGGAUGCAAAACGUCUGAGGGCAGCCAGUGCCCGAGAGGAAAAGCUGUCACGCCUCAUGGACGCUGCAGCAAGGGUUAACCAAGUCUAUGUCGAGCGAAUUGCUUGGUUCAAAAGUGCACUAGAAGGAUCUGUCGGUGCGCUGACAGAAGAAGAACUGCGGGUAUUGACACGAAGCUUUAUCGAUCGGGAAGAUGCACAACUAGAAGAGGCGAAAGCACAGCGCCGGCCUGGACGACCUCGCACCAAAAUCGAAGAAGACAUAAUCAUGCGCAAAGAUGACGAAGAGCGCGAAUUCAAAUCUGGCUUUUGGAUUCCAGACCUACGAGAUGAUGAAGGCCGACUCAAAUUGGACCGAUGGGCCGGUGAUUGGGGUGGUCUACACACCCUAAACUUCAUCCGCGUUGUGCGAGAUGGAGACAUCAAACCUUCUAGUUUCCCUCCCAAAGGCCUCUCUUGA